GUAAAAAUACUCAUUGUCGGCCUCUGGCGCACAGGAACCAGCUCCCUCCUCCAAGCCCUCCAAACCCUCGGGUACCACAACACAUACCCUCGCGACUCGCCCUCUCCCAACACCUGGAACAGCCUCUCCUACAACCAAGCGUGGAACCGAGUCAUCGACUCCAAAUUCCUGGACGGGAACGCCAUCCCGCGCGAAACCUUUGACGAGCUAAUGGGCGACUGUAUGGUUAUUUCUGGGGUACCGUGUCAGUUAUUUCUGGAUGAUUUGUUGGCUGCAUAUCCAGAUGCGAAGGUCAUUCUUACGGCGAGGGAUAUGGAGAAGUGGUAUCCUUCGAUUAUAAACUCUUUCGAGUAUAUUUCUACCAGGUCGAUAUUCCGCGUUGCGGCGCUGUUCAACACUUUUGUUAGAGAAAGGAGUGGGUAUCUGGAUCGAGUCAAGUAUUGGGGAUAUUACGAUAAUUUACCGGUGUUUGCAAAACUAGUUCAUAAGAAUCACGUUGAGAAAGUGAGGUUGUUGGUCGAAGCGGGGAGGAUUAGGAAAGAGGAUUACUUGGAGCUGGAGGUUGGGCAUGGAUGGAGGCCGCUUUGUGACUUUUCGAGUGCGGAGAUGCAGGAGGGAGAGUAUCCGAGAGUCAAUGAC